AUGAAGUUUUAUAUUGCAGUCCUCGCCCUCACCGCUUCGGUUCUAGCUAGCGAGCCAGAACCAAGCAAAGUGGUUCAAAAGAGAAGUGGCCUCGUCGGACAUUAUGGCGGACUUGGACAUGGUUAUGGUGGAUACUCAUCGGGUAUCGGAUUAGCCAGUGGAUAUGGUUUGGGCAGUUACGCAAGCGGCAUCGGAGGAUAUUCUAGCGGUAUUGGCGGAUAUUCUAGCGGUAUUGGCGGAUAUGGAAGCGGUAUCGGCGGAUAUGGAAGCGGCAUCGGUGGAUAUGGAAGCGGGAUUGGAAUUGGAGGGGCCAUAGUAGGCGCUAACGUACACACAACUGUUACUAAACAUGUUGGUGUACCAGUUCCCGCUCCAUACCCAGUGGCUGUUGAUAGGCCUGUAGCUGUGCCUGUUAAGGUUGCCGUGCCUGUACCAGUGGACCGUCCCUACCCGGUUGCCGUUCCCAGACCUUACCCAGUGACUGUGGAGAAGCACGUUCCAGUACCAGUAGACAGGCCAGUACCAGUGCCUGUUCCCCAUGCAGUACCCUACCCAGUUGUGAAACAGGUUGGUGUACCAGUUCCAGCUCCUUACCCCGUACCAGUAGCUAAGCCAGUGGCUGUUCCUGUACCCCAUCCAGUUGCUGUUCCAGUGUCUUCUGGCAUCAUAUCCUCAGGCAUCGGUUUAGGAUACUCUGGCGGCUACGGAGGUGGUUACGGAGGUGGUUACGGAAGUGGUUACGGAAGUGGUUACGGAGGUUCAUACGGAGGCGGAUAUGGUAGUUCGUACGGAGGUGGAUACGGAGGUAGCUAUGGAAUCCAUGGCCACAAGAUCUGGUAA